AUGAGCUCCCAAAUUCGUCAGAAUUAUUCCACCGAGGUGGAGGCUGCGGUCAACCGCCUGGCCAACCUGCAUCUGCGGGCCUCCUACACCUACCUCUCUCUGGGCUACUAUUUCGACCGCGACGAUGUGGCUCUGGAGGGCGUGGGCCACUUCUUCCGCGAGCUGGCGGAGAAGAAGCGCGAGGGCGCGGAGCAUCUCCUGAAGUUGCAGAACAAGCGCGGCGGCCGCAUUCUCUUCCAGGACGUGCAGAAACCUUCCCAGGAUGAGUGGGGCAAAACUCAGGACGCCAUGGAAGCCGCCCUGGCCUUGGAGAAGAACCUGAACCAGGCCCUUUUGGAUCUGCAUGCCCUGGGUUCGACCCGUGUCGACCCUCAUCUCUGCGACUUCCUGGAGAACCACUUCCUGGAUGAGGAGGUGAAACUCAUCAAGAAGAUGGGCGACCACCUGACUAACAUCCGCAGGCUGGCCGGCCCCCAGGCUGGGCUGGGCGAGUAUCUCUUCGAGAGGCUCACCCUCAAGCACGACUAG